CCGGCAACCCUGUUGAGCGGCACACGUGCGAUUUUGUUUUAGUUUGCUCGUGUUAAAAUGAAGUUGGCUUCCAAAAAAGUUAAAACCCUGGGCAAAACAAAGCCCGGGAUCAAAAAAAAUAAGCCCGCAAAGGAUGCCAUCAAAAAGCCGAAGACCAAGAAGGCAGAAAAGCCCUCAGAAUCCAAGGCUGUCACCACGAAACCGAAGCAGAAGACCACUGCUCCAGUGAAAUCUGGAAAGCCUGCAAAGAAGGGAGCCAAAAAAUCACACAAGGAGGAGCUGGAAGGACUCAAGGAUAUAGAUCCGGAAUUCUACGAUUUCCUCAAGAAGAAUGACAAGAAGCUGCUGGACUUCAAUCUGCUGGACAGCGAUGAGAGUGAAGAUGAGGAGAAGGAGGAAGACAAAGGCAAGAAGGCGGCUGAAGAAAGCGAAGACGACGACGAGGAUAACGAAGAGAAGUAUCACAAACCCAGCGAGGACUUGGCCGUGGCCAGUGAUGAAAGCGACUUCGACGAUGAGGAAGAGGACGACGAAUCCCCCGCUGGAGGCACCCAGAAGAUCACUCUCAACCUGUUGCGUCAGUGGGAGCAGCAGUUGGGCCAGGACAACGUCUCCAUCGACAUUGUGCGCAAGGUGAUCCAGGCCUUCAACUCAGCCCUGGCCAGCAUCUCGGCCGAUGGAGCUGAUGGCGGCGAGAACCAGCCCAAUGCAGCUGCCUUCAAGGUGGUCGGAGCAGCCGCUUUUAAUGGAGUCAUCCAGCUGUGUGUGCUCCACCUGCAGCCCGCCAUCAUCCGAGUGCUGGGCGUGAAGCCCAACAGCAGUCUGCCGCUGCACAAGCACAAGAAGUGGGUCAAGGUGCGCGGCUGCCUGCGAUACUACCUCACCGAUCUGAUCCGUCUGGUGGAGCAGGUAUCCAGUGCCAAUAUCCUGGGGGUGCUGCUCAAGCAUCUGCAUCAAAUGGCCGGCAUGGUGGUGCCCUUCUCAGCGCUGGGUAAGACCAUCCUGAAGCGCCUGAUUGUGCUCUGGGCCACUGGAGAUGAGACCGUCCGAGUGCUGGCCUUUCUCUGCAUCCUGAAGAUCACCAGGAAACAGCAGGCCACCAUGUUAAAUCACGUUCUGAAAGCCAUGUACCUGGCAUACGUGCGCAACUCCAAAUUCGUGUCCCCCAACACUCUGCCCGGAAUCAACUUCAUGCGCCGAUCGCUGGUGGAGAUGUUCGCCUUGGAUCUGAACGUGAGCUACCAGCACGCCUUCCUCUACAUUCGGCAGUUGGCCAUUCACCUGCGAAAUGCAGUGAUCCUGAAGAAGAAGGACAGCUUCCAGGCCGUGUACAAUUGGCAGUUUAUCAACUCCAUGCGCCUGUGGGCGGAUCUUCUGGGCGCGAGUGCAAACAAACCGCAGUUGCAGCCGCUGGUUUAUCCUCUUGUCACCAUUGCCACCGGUGUGAUCCGCUUGAUACCCACCGCUCAGUACUUCCCGCUGCGAUUCCACUGUCUGCAGACGCUCAUUUCGCUGGCCAAGGAGACAAAUACAUAUAUUCCUGUGCUGCCGCUGAUUGUGGAGGUCCUGAAGAGCAACACCUUCAAUCGUAAGCACUCGGCAGUGUCGAUGAAGCCGCUGCAGUUCACCUGCGUGCUGAGGCUCAACAAGGGACAGCUGGCGGAAAAUGGCUUCAGGGAUGAGGUGAUCGAGCAGGUGUGUGGUCUGCUGCUGGAAUAUCUCGCUCAUGAGUCCACCUCGUUGGCAUUCAGCGACUUGGUGGUGCCCACUGUGAUGGCCAUUAAAGCCUAUCUUAAGGAUUGCCGGAAUGCGAACUACACGCGCAAGCUGAAACAGGUUCUUGAGAAGAUUCAGGAGAGCGGUCGCUUCAUAGAGCAACAGCGCGGCAAGAGCAGCGUUAACUUUGACAUAAAGGAUGCCCAAGCGGUGGCAGCCUGGGAACAGCAGCUCCGCCUGAAGCGCACGCCCCUGGACAUUUACUACGCCAGCUGGCUGAAGACGCACGAGACCAAGAAGCGACGACAGGCGGCGCAGACGGAUGAAAUCAAUGCCGACUACGAUGUGCCCAAGUUGAAGAAACUGCCGGCCAAAUCGGGAGUGCCUGUGAGGAAUGAGAAUGGAGAGAUCGAGCUGUUCCCCUCGGACUCGGAAGAUGAAGGCGAUGAUGGCCUGGCAUUAGGGUCAGAUGAAGAUGAAGAGGAGCAAGUGGUCGAGGAGGAGGAAGUGGAACAACCAAAAGCCAAGAAGGCCAGGAAGGAGAAACCCGAGAAACUGAAACCCCAACCAACAGCAGCGGAAGAUGAUUAUGACGAGGCUGGCGGAGCCGUGGAUAUAGUUAAGGACUUGGACUUAAACGAUUGGUAGAACAUUUAAGAUCAUUUAACUAUAUUUACGCAAUAAAUUCUUAUAAAAUACCAA